UAGAGGCAGAACAAGUGCCAGGCUACAGCUCCAGGUUCGGAGUGGGACGGACUUCCUGGUGGCCAGGGUCUGAGAGGAAGGCCUGAGGUGGGCUGGCCAUAGAAGCCGUGGGCGUCAGCCAGCAGGAAGAUGGGUCGUCCACCAGAUCCCCACAGCACCCCAAUCCCUGCUGGCACCACGGCCAUGCCUGGCCUCAUUCCAGACCUCGUCGCCAAGAUCCCCUGGCCCCACUGGGCACUCAUUGUCGCUGCUCUUGCUGCUGGCAUCCUUGCUGUUUCCUGUCUGUUCUGUGCCAUCUGUUGCUGUUGCCAACGCCGCCGUCGUAGGAAGAAGCUCCAGAACAAGGAGGUUAUGAAUCUGGGCACUGCCCGUAGCAGCACCACCACCCACCUGGUGCAGCCAGACAUGGAGAACUUGGAGUCCAGUUUGGGAGACCCUCUGCAGUGGGGGCGAGUGCUGCUCUCCCUGGAGUAUGACUUCGGAAGCCAGGAGAUCAGAGUGGGCCUGAAGCAGGCAGCUGACCUGAGGGCCGAGGGCACUGUGGACCCCUAUGCUCGCGUCAGCGUGUCCAAGCAAGCCGGGCACAGGCACGAGACAAAGGUGCAUCGUGGCACACUCUGCCCCGUGUUCGAGGAGACCUUCUCCUUCCAUGUCCCACUGGCAGAGCUGCCCAGUGCCACCCUGCAGGUGCAAAUGCUGGACUUUAAGCGCUUCUCUGAGCACAAGCCACUGGGGGAGCUGUGCCUGCCACUGGGCACCUUGGAUCCUCAGCACGUCGUGGAGUGCUGGUACCAGCUGGGCCCACCGGGCACCAAUGAGGCUGAGCAGAUGGGAGAGUUGUGCCUUUCCCUGCGGUAUGUGCCCAGUUCGGGGUGCCUGACUGUGGUUGUGCUGGAAGCCCGAGGCCUGGGCCCAGAGCUGGCAGAGUCCUAUGUGAAGGUUCAGCUCAUGCUGAACCAGAAGAAGUGGAAGAAGAAGAAGACAUCCAGCAAGAAAGACACCACUGCCCCCUACUUCAAUGAGGCCUUCACCUUCCUGGUGCCCCUCAGCCAGGUCCAGAGUGUGGACCUGGUACUGGCCGUCUGGGCCCGUGGCCUGAAGCUCCGGGCUGAGCCUGUGGGCAAAGUGUUGUUCGGCCCCCGGGCUUCCGGCCAGCCCCUACAGCACUGGGCAGACAUGCUGGCCCAUGCCCGGCGGGCCAUUGCCCAGUGGCACCGCCUACAGCCUGCCAAGGAGGUGGACCGUAUCCUGGCUCUGCAGCCCCGCCUGCGCCUGCCAGUGCCUCACCCCUAAAAGCAUCUUGGUUCUCAGUUUCCCCAGACAGAGCCAUGGGCACUCCUCCAGACCACUUGUAGGACUGCAAUAAAAGCCUUCCCCUGCCACACGUGUCCUACUGGUCCUGUGGAGACACAUAGGCAGGGCAGGGAUCCACCCUCAACCCCAUGGCCCCACAAAGGUUAGGGGAGGAUCUUUCCCUUCCAAAUUUACCAGCCCUCAGCCUCUGACUGGGGCAAAACCUUGAUCUGACCCCUGGGUGGGACUGGGGGUCCUCUAAGAGCCAUUGGUCCCCUCUGGGCCCAAGUGGGAAGAGUCAGGAGGGGGAGUCCCUCCAAUGUGACAUGUAAAGGAUAGCAUAGAAGGAGGAGCUGGAGCUGGUCCUUUGGGGACACAGUAUGAUCUGGGGGCGUUGUAGGUAAGGAUGGUAAGUAGUGGGGGUCCUAGCACUUUUAGGGACCAGCAACACAAAGCCUCCCCCAUGUGAGCAGCAGGGGGCAGUAGACACCUUCAGAAGCUGCUCUGAGCCUUUGGGGGGCAGCCUUGGCUGGGGAUGUACCUCCUAAUCCCCGCACAUCUGGAUGGCUUUAGCGGCUCCAGUCUUCCUGCAUCUCAUGUCUCUUCUGAUCCCCACGGGCUGGGGAGUGGGCAGGGCUGGGGCCAAGCGCCCCACUGCUCAGAGAGGGUGCCAAGUCACGAGCCGGUGUCUCUGUAGGGUGGGGCCUGCAGGGGUGUGUGGGGGCUGAGGGCCUCGGCCGGGGUGAGCAGGUUAGUGUGGGGCCUGCCUAGGCAGUGAAGGGGCCCAAGCUCUCACAGGUCACAGAGAGGUUCCUAGGCUGGUAGCGCUGCCAUCCUGGGGUUGAUGGACAUGUUCCGAGUUGCCCAUACAAAGGUGCCGGAGGCCAGGGUGUUAUAGCAGGCUGGGAGAGGCUCAGCUGCUCAUCCGGGGGCCCCAUCCUGCUCAGGUUCAGGGUGGGAAGGCAGGGUCAUGCAGAGGGGAGAGCAGUCCCUGAGGUCCUGGUCACCAUGCAGGGCCCAGGAGGGCAGGCUUGGGGGUCCGCGCCCUCCUUGGGGUUGGCCUUGAGGGUGGGGUGGUGGUGGUGGUGGUGCAUGUAGCUGCUUUGCCUAAGGGUUAGCCCUGGGUGAGGUAGAUGCAGUCAAUCAUAGGGCCAGAGCAGGGAGCAGGCACCCCGCAAGAAGCACAGGGCUCAGGGAGAGGAGCUCUGGGGUGAGCCCAGGAGGGUGGACCUAGCAGGGGCGCGAUGUACAGCAGACUCCCACUGAAUGGCCUUCCCUGACCCUCAGCUGGGCAACCACCAAAGCCAUGCUUGAGCCACACAUGUUGUCCUCAGGCUCCUUGCAAGAAAAGGGAGACAUCUCGACCUCGUCAUUGAGCCCUAAAUAGAGCAGCCCAACCACGACACCCUCCCCCCAAAGAUUUCUUGGACAGGAUGGCAGCAAGAGGCCAGUGGCAAUUGCCUGGGCUGGGCCAGACCAGGCAGCCUGGGCAGGUGGGGAG